CGCCGUUCAGCGUCAGUCGCGACGAAGCGCUGGCGACGCAACUGUGCAGGCACCGAACGCACUAAUUCAAAUAUAGAAACAACCAUUUCUUUGUUUUUCUUUUUCGCGGAUUCGUUUAGUGAGUUACGAAACAGAUUUUAUUUUGUGCCAGUGUGUUUCAUAGAACCGUAUAAGUGGGCCUUGGAUUGUGCUAUUUUUUAAUUCAAAAAGAGAAUUAUAUACCUAAGUUUUUUUUUGGGUGCAUUGCUGUGAUAUGUGCUAAGGACGGCUACGAAAUCAUCAGAUAUGAUCCACGUGGACGAAACAGACCCUGUUGGAGAAAUAGAGCCUCCAUUCCCGAACCGCGAUGUCAGCAUCAAAAGGGGCACAGAUGUCAACGACUUCUACGAUAUGCUAUCGGAGAUCGGACGGGGUAAAUUCGGCACAGUAUACCUUUGCCGUGAGAAGAGUACAGGCUUGGAACUGGCAGCAAAACUAGUCUCAGUGAACCGACGAGACGAGAGGCGGAAUGUGGAGCGCGAGGUGGACGUCAUGAGGAGACUGCGGCACCCCAGACUCAUACAGCUUUAUGAUGCGUACGAGUGGGGAAAAUGCAUGUGCGUGGUGUUAGAGCUGAUCACAGGGGGAGAGCUGUUCGAGAGAGUGAUAGACGAGGACUUCGUUCUGACAGAGAGGGCUUGCACCGUCUUCAUGCGACAGAUCUGUGAGGGCAUCGAGUUUGUGCACCGGCAGAACAUAUUGCAUCUCGAUUUGAAGCCUGAAAACAUCCUAUGCCUGACAAAGACGGGCAACCGGAUAAAGAUAAUAGACUUCGGCCUAGCCCGGUUCUACGACCCGGAGAAGAAGCUGCAGGUGCUGUUUGGAACCCCGGAGUUUGUGGCGCCUGAAGUUGUCAACUUUGAUCAGAUCGGAUACGGCACGGAUAUGUGGUCCGUCGGAGUUAUAUGCUAUGUUCUUCUAUCUGGGUUAUCACCAUUCAUGGGUGAGACCGACAUCGAGACAAUGGCGAACGUCACCAUAGCGAAGUACGACUUCGACGACGAAGCGUUCAAUGAGAUCUCAGACGACGCCAAAGACUUCAUCAGCAGGCUACUGGUGAAGGACAAAGAGUCGCGUCCGAGUGCCACGGAGUGCUUGCGUCACCGGUGGGUCGCGAAGCGGUCGCCUGUCGAGAAGAACAAACCCAAACCCAUUCCAGCCCCCAAACAUGAGCUGGACGUCGCCAAGGACAAUCUUCGUCUCUUCGUAGAACGUUGGAGCGAACAUCCUAACAGCCCGUACGUCUUCGACAACGAAUCACAUGAAAUCACAUGCUUGAUGAACGGAAACUGCGAAAGGUCAUCAAUUGGAGGCUGUUCACCGUCACCCAGAAGCUCCUUAGGAAGUUCACCGGAUGAAAUAUUUGACGAAGACGAUCUAGAACCACCUCCACUGAGAGAAAACAACUACCUAUCGCCAAGGUAUAAUCCUGUCGAGCGAAGGGCGUCAGAUAGCUCCUGUUUCAUGCACAAAAAGCACGAUGUUAUGGUGAGAAAGAACUUAGCUGAAGAAAUCAAAAAAUUGUCCGAUCAUUUGUUCAUGCUUUCUACUAUGAAUACCGAUUUGGCCAAUAAUAACAGCACGAAGGAGUUAGAUAAGAACGUAUCCACAGAAACCAAAACCUCAUCUAAAGAAGAGAAAUUACCAAAUGGAUUUAAAAGAGAAUCCAAAACUGUGACUAAAACAACUAAUGGUGACGCGUCGCAGAAAGAGAAAAAGAUUUUCACAUCUAAAUCAACUCAUAAGCUGACAUCAACAUUCUUAACGGAAAGGGAACCGGAGAAACCCGUUACGAGUAAAAUGCCAUGGGUUAGAUCAACGGUGACCUCGAGGUCAAAGCGUAUCACAACUUCCAGCAGGGACGUGCCGGACCAGCCCACGGAGAGGCGGAACAGUUUCUUCCAAGAGUUUGAUAGACGAAGGGACCAAAUCGAUAAACUAGUCAACGGCAGUACAGAACGGAACGGAAGGCAGGUGCCUUAUAGGAGAGGAGAUGAGAACAACGCACAUAGAACGAAAGAUUUGUUGCUCCAUUUGCUAGAAAAAUGGGGAGAGACGGAAGUGGAAGCAGAAAGAACGGCAGGUGGAACUUCCAACGGAGGCCGACAUCAGUCAAUAUCUUACGAGUGGUCGCCAUCAAAUCAGCUCGCACAUAACUCUAUGUCCAGCCUGCACGCGUUCUACCAAAGGCAAACCUCAGAGGAAAAACUACAGAGGAAAAAAGUUCCAACAGCAGUUCAGAAUUCAAAAUGAUUUCAAAGGUUCCUGACAAGCUCGGUUCGCGCUCAGUUAACUAUUUUCGAAUUAAGACAUUAAAUGGAAAAAUUAAAAUCCAUUUAAUUAUUCUUAAUGAGAGCGCCCCUGAAGCUUAGGAAAGUAAUUAAAAUAAAGACUUUUCAGUGCCAUGACAUGUGGACUUGAACUAACUGAUUAUUAAUAGGUACGAAACUCUAGAUUAAGGCAAAGUGAACUAACUGGUUAGUUACCAAAGUAACUGAAUGAGAUUAUAUUUAAGUACGGCAGUAAAAUGACAAGUUACGAAUCUAGUCUUCAUACACAAAGUACUGUAUGAAAUCUGUAUGACAAGAAAGACUGAGGCGUUUGGUAAUGUUUGCACCCGUAAAAACAAUAGAUAAUACAUAACUUCUAAAUAUAAAAACUUAUAUGAAAUUUAUUUUCGUUUCGAUACAGUUAAUUUAUGCAACUGCUAAUUACUUACAUAAAAUAAACCUAUAUACCUACCUAAGUAGAAAAUAUAUAAUGUGGUAGGUAAAUAUUAUUCCUAUAUUGAAAAAAGCAUUUGAAAUUGUAAUGUUAUAGCGUUUGAUAAACUAAGUGCCCUGUAGGUAGAGAACUAGUUCAGGCCUCUAUUACUGGCUGUCGAAAUGAAAAUAAAGGUAUAUUGGAUUGCAUACGACCUGACACAUCCAUACAUAUGUAUUUCGUAUUUGGAAACUAAAUAAGAAAAAACAACGAAGUAAAUUAACUGAAUCAUAGAAAAUGUUGAAAUUUACGUUGAAUUUUAAAGAACUGUUCAAUCAGGGGAAGAACUUUAAAGUUCCUUGUGCUAAGUACUUACGUUAUGCUUCACUCGUAAUUUUAUAUUAAUUUAUUGUUAUAUUUACGAUUGUUGUCAAAAUAUAAGGCUUAAAUUAUACAGAAUGGU